AGCCUUUGGCUGAAUCUCAAGGUGGCAAAGGAUCUUGGCCUCCAGAGAGCUAAGCUGAAGGACCCGGGAGCACACCAGCAGCACCAGGACACCAGCAACAGUCACUUCACCAGCCCAGUAACCGGCUCACACAACUCUUGCCUCCGGCGGCAGGAAGAUCUUCCCUUCUCACCUCUGGCGAGCAAUCCCUGGGCUGGACUCCUUCGCCUCUCCUCCGGCUUUUAGCAGAAGUGGCCACAAGGUGUCCGGAACCCCUCUGGCAGCCACUAUCUCUAGCAGCAGGACGCUAGAAAAGGCAAGCUAAAAGCCUUGGAGCCCUCCAGGAUCCAGGAAGCAGAAGGACAGCAAAGCUGAAUAACAGGACAUGGAAAGUUCAAAACUGACCAAGAAAAGAGCUGGUCGGAAGAGGCAGAGAUGCAGAUCUCCAGCCCUGCCCCAAAGGAACAUCGUGGGCUGCAGAAUUUCUCAUGAGUGGAAAGAAGGAGAUGAGCCGAUCACACAAUGGAAAGGGACUGUACUGGAUCAGGUGCCAGUAAACCCCUCCCUGUACCUGGUGAAAUAUGAUGGGAUUGACUGUGUGUAUGGGCUGGAACUUCACACAGAUAAGAGGGUAUUGUCCCUAAAAGUUCUUUCUGACAAGGUGGCAUCAUCCCGAGUCACCGAUGCCAGCCUUGCUGAUGCCAUAAUUGGCAAAGCAGUGAAACAUAUAUUUGAGGGUGAGNAUGGCUCUAAGGACGAGUGGAGGGGGAUGGUCCUGGGCCAAGCGCCUAUCUUGGAUAGCAACUUUUAUAUUACUUAUGAGAGAGAUCCCGUAUUAUACAUGUACCAGCUUCUGGAUGAUUAUAAAGAGGGUGACCUCCGUAUUAUGGAGGCGUUCAGUGAUCCCCCUCCUUUAGACAUCGACCUGGAGCUUGUGGAUGGCCUGAUAGGAAAAGACGUGGAAUACACCAAAGAUGACGGCUCCAGGAGGGUCGGAAUGGUCAUUCACCAGGUUGAAGCCAAGCCUACUGUAUACUUCAUCAAGUUUGAAGAUGAUUUCCAUAUCUAUGUCUACGACCUGGUAAAACACUGCUAACCAUUUGUUACUGCAUUAUCACAACUGUAGAAAUAAAGUUAAUUUCUUUGGAA